AGCGACGACUCAUCUUUUGCCAAGCUUGGAAGACGCGUGCGACGGGCCGUCUCUGCCCCCAGUCAUCUGAUUGGUCCCCUCGGCCCGCACGUCAGCGCGGAUUAGUAGCAGGUUAGGCUGCGCUUCCUGGCCGGAGUUGAUGUGUCCGAUUCCAGGAAGUGAACUUUUCUAAAAGCCCAAGUAAGAGGAGAGGAGUGUUUUAUCUGCAGGACCAUAACGAUGACCACCUUAAUCCGGCGCGGCAGGAGAACGGACGAGGCUCCCGAUAAGAGGGGGGACUCCGACGAUUCGAGCAAAGAAAAAGACGAGGAGGCUUCGGCAGACUGCAAGGACAUGAGGCUGACUCUCAUGGAGGAGGUGCUGCUUUUGGGUCUUAAAGACAAAGAGGGCUACACGUCUUUCUGGAACGACUGCAUCUCUUCUGGCCUGCGCGGGGGGAUUCUCAUCGAGCUGGCCCUCCGGGGACGCGUCGUGCUGGAGGCGGCAACUUUGCGGAGGAAACGGCUGCUGGAUCGGAAGGUGCUGCUGAAGUCCGAAGCCCUGACCGGCGACGUUCUGCUGGAUGAAACCAUCAAACACAUGAAAGCAACAGAUCCUCCGGAGACCGUUCAGAGCUGGAUAGAGUUACUUACAGGUGAGACGUGGAACCCAUUCAAGCUUCAGUACCAACUGCGUAAUGUCCGAGAACGCAUUGCCAAGAACCUGGUGGAGAAAGGCAUCCUCACCACGGAGAAGCAGAAUUUCCUGCUCUUUGACAUGACCACCCACCCAGUCACCAAUACCACAGAGAAGCAGCGCCUGGUGAAGAAACUGCAGGAAAGUCUUCUGGAGAAGUGGGUCAACGACCCGCAUCGCAUGGACAAGAGAACAUUGGCUUUGCUGGUGCUGGCGCACUCUUCCGACGUACUGGAGAAUGCCUUCUCUACGCUGCCAGAUGACAAGUACGACAUGGCCAUGAACCGCUCUAAAGACCUAUUUGAUCUGGACCCAGAUGUGGAAGGGAACAAGGCCAACGCCUCGGAAAUGAUCUGGGCUGUGCUUUCAGCCUUCAACAAAUCUUAAUCCUUGGAGAUGAAGAAAAUGGAAGAACCCAAA